AUGGGGCCUUACAUCAGUGAUGCUAUGGAUGAUGGAGAUAUGGGAGUCACACGUGAUGCUAUUGCGCAAGCUUUGCUGGGAGGUGUGUAUACGGAACAUUUGAAGGGAAGGAAGGUGCUGCUUGAGACGCCCACUGGUUUCGCAGUCUUCCUUGUUAAGGAUUUUGCUUUCGAACAAGACAAGAAUAUCUGGGUGCACUUCUCGGAUCCAGAAUGCGCAAUUCUGGCUCUUGUUGCCUUGGGCUUCAAAAAAGUUGAUAACAGAUCUGUUGCUCAGAAUAGUGAUGCUGGUCCUGGAAAGGAUCUGGUGCAACUUAUUAUGAAAUUCUGUAGGACUGGAGAGACAUUAAUUGUUCAAGAUAAGGAACUUAAAGCUUCUAUGGAGAAAAAGAUUGGUAUCACAUGUAGAUGUGAUGGAUCUGAUGUUGGUGAGGUGAUAUGGGGGAUAAAAAAUGUUUUGCAUGCAUUUAUACGUGAAGAAGAGCGCAAUAUAACACCGGAAUAUUGUCUUCCAGGUUUUCCAAAGGAAUUGUCGAGGUCAUUUGAUGAGUGUGUUGGGAUUGGUGACACUAUUAAAGAUGGCUUGGACUAUGUGAAAGUGCUUGCAAUGGUACUUGUUCCUGAGUUGGUGAAAGAACGUGAUUUCUCUAAGACAUUUUCUUCUGAUUUGGCAUCAAAGUUGCAUCAGGCUCAACUGUUUCAAGCUAAAUGUGAAGAUGACCUUACUAUGCAUGAGUUGGAAAAGAUAAUGGGAUACCUUGAUUACCUCUUGGAACCUGUAGAUUUCAAUAAAAUGGAGUUCAGGAGGGUGCUGCUCGAGACUCCCUCAGGUUUUGCUAUAUUUAAUGUUUGUGAAGAUGUGUUUAGUUAUCCUGAGAUUGUCUUUGCCAUUGGUUUUGUAAGUGUUGAUGAAAAAUCUGUUACCCGUAAUAGUGAUUUGGCCCUGGUGACAAACUAG